AUGCAACACUUUGUGAUAGACCCUACCUCGACCAAACCGUCUCUCCAAAACGGCCCGACAUCGCCAUCCCUCCCUGGCCCAAAGGAAACCAAAGUCCAUUCCUCGUCUUCCGGAGAUGAAAACGCCUCUUUAUUCUACGUGGGGGCAGCCACAGUUAUCAUGUUAGUAUAUAUGUAUGAUAGAGAAUGGGAAGGGAUCCGUCUAAUGACUGAUCCCACCUUCAUCCGUGCCGGAACAAGAACUCACACACUUUCCACGCGACGAAUCGACCCAGCGAUAUUCCUAGAGGAAAUGCCUCGGAUUGACGCCAUUCUCCUUUCCCACUACCAUAGAGAACACUUUGACCGACUGAUCGAAUCGUCCAUCCGGCGAGACAUCCCCAUUAUAACCACCAAAUCCGCCCGUUCGGCUCUCUGCGACCCCUUUACGACCGUGUACGGACUAGACGCUUACGAGGGUGUUUUGGUUAAUGUCAAGAAGGGGGGGGCUCGUCUCCAGCCUAGAUGGAGGGUUACGGCUGUCCCGGGGAAACAUGGUCCUACAGAAACCCACGGCUUCAUGGUUGAACUAGGGUACGGACCAGCAGGACAGACGAGCAACGACCUGCAAAUAGGGUAUACCAUGUACAUCACGGGCGACACAUUAUUCGACAACAAGCUGCACGAGGAGAUCAAAACACGGUACAAACAUGUGGACCUCAUGCUCGUGCAUCUCGGGUCGGUGAGUGUACCCUCGCCGCGGAUGGGGGCCUUGUCGAUGAGGAUGUCCAUGGAUGGGAAGCAGGGGGUGGAGCUCAUUCGCAAGAUUGGCCCGGGGGUGACUAUUCCGAUUCAUUAUGACGGGAGUGAUUUAUUCAGGGGGUCUUUGGAUGAGUUUCGGAGAGAGGUCCAGAGUCGGGGGGGGGGAUUUGAGCUCGUUUGUUUGGAGAGGGGGGGGGUUUAUCGAUUCAACGUUAGUACAUAG